UAACGAGCGGCACUGUCCUCUUCAAUCCAACCUUAUCCUGCAACCCGAGCAAAACCGUGAUUUAUCGUCCACGCAGAGAUGACAAGAAAAUCCGAAGUCCCGUCUGCAUAUUAUGGUGAACCUCGCAAGUUUGACCCAACAUUUAGAGGGCCAGUUCAUAAAAGAGGCUGCACGGAUGUGUUGUGCUGUGUGCUCUUCGUCAUUGUCAUCCUCGGGUACAUUGCACUGGGGACUGUGGCAUGGAUUCAUGGGGACCCAAGGAAAGUAAUAUACCCCACGGACAGCAGGGGUCAGUUCUGUGGGCAGAAGGGGACACCUAAUGCAAAGAAAGUCAUAUUAUUCUACUUCAACAUACUGAAAUGUGCUAGUCCUGCUGUGAUGAUAAACCUCCAGUGCCCAACUACUCAGAUGUGUGUUUCCAAGUGCCCUGAUCGAUUUGCCACCUACACAGAUAUGCAGCUCCUUUAUAGAUUCAACAAGAGCCACUGGGAGUACUAUAAGCAGUUCUGCAAGCCAGGCUUCAAUAACCCCAAAAAGCCCGUGGCACAAGUGCUGCGAGAUGAGGACUGUCCAUCAAUGAUAGUGCCUAGCCGACCAUUUUUACAGCGCUGCUUCCCAGACUUCACCACCAGAAAUGGCACACUAACAAUUGCUAACAAAACUGCUUUCAAAGAUGCCCUGGAUACAGCCAGAAGUGUGACUGAACUUAGAGAUGCAGCCAAUGGUAUUACAGGAAUCCUGGAGGCCAAAGAAGUUGGAAUGAAGAUUGUAGAGGAUUAUGCCAGCUCUUGGUACUGGAUAGUGAUAGGGCUGUUCAUAGCGCUGGUCAUUAGCCUGAUCUUCAUCCUGCUGCUGCGUUUCACUGCAGGCAUCCUUCUCUGGUUCAUCAUCAUCGCUGUUAUCCUGCUUGUGGCCUACGGUAUCUGGCACUGUUACUGGGAGUUUGCAUAUCUCAGGGAGACCCCCGGUGCAGAUGUCACCAUCUCAGAUAUCGGCUUCCAGACUGACCUCCACAUCUACUUACAACUCAGCCAGACCUGGCUAGUCUUUAUGGUGAUUCUGUGUUUAACGGAACUCUCUAUAGUCUUAAUGCUUGUAUUCCUGAGAAAACGAGUUCGCAUUGCUAUCGCUCUGCUCAAAGAGGGCAGCAAGGCCAUCAGUUACAUCAUGUCCUCUCUGUUCUAUCCUAUCAUCACCUUCGUGUUGCUGGACAUCUGUAUCUCCUACUGGGCCAUGACUGCCCUCUUUCUUGCAUCUUCUGGUAAUGCUGUUUACAAAGUCACAUCCCUUCAUCCCAACUGCAAGUACACCAAUCUGACCUGCAAUCCCGAGAACUUCAUAAGGACUAACAUCACAAAACACUGUCCAGGAGCUCAGUGUCUUUUUGCCUUUUAUGGUGGUGAGAGCUUGUACCAUCGCUACAUCUUCAUCCUCCAGCUUUGUAAUCUGUUGGUCUUCUUUUGGCUGGUUAACUUCACCAUCGCUCUGGGACAGUGCACCAUCGCUGGGGCUUUCGCUUCCUACUACUGGGCCAAGAGGAAGCCUGCAGACAUUCCCCCCUGCCCAGUGUUCUCCUCUUUUGCCAGAGCCUUACGGUAUCACACAGGGUCUCUUGCUUUUGGCUCACUCAUCUUAGCUGUCAUUCAAAUUAUCCGUGUCUUUCUGGAGUACCUGGACCACAAACUUAAAGGAGCUCACAAUGUGCUUGCACAUUUUCUGCUCUGCUGUCUGAAGUGCUGCUUCUGGUGUCUGGACCGAUUUAUACGCUUCAUAAACAGGAACGCUUACAUAAUGAUUGCCAUUUAUGGAAAGAACUUUUGCACCUCAGCGAGGGAGGCAUUCUUUUUAUUGAUGAGGAAUGUAGUAAGGGUGGCAGUAUUGGACAAAGUAACAGACUUCCUGCUCUUUUUGGGGAAAUUAUUGGUAUCAGGGAGUGUUGGUGUUAUUGCCUUCCUCCUCUUUACACGCAAGAUACCCAUCAUCCAAGAGGAAGUUCCAGUGUUGAAUUACUACUGCGUGCCUCUCUUGACUGUAAUAUUCGGCUCCUACUUAAUUGCACACAGCUUCUUUAGCGUCUAUGCAAUGUGUGUGGACACCUUGUUCCUUUGUUUCUGCGAAGACUUAGAGAGAAACGACGGGACACCAGCCAAGCCUUUCCUCAUGUCUCCUGGCCUAAAAAGAAUUCUGGGAAGAGCCGAACAGAGCCCCAGAAAGACACGAGGAUCAUACUCUCCAAACUUAAUGAGAAUGUCAUAGCUCAACUUAAAUACUUAACAUGCAUUAACUUACAUAUGGGUUGAAAUGGACAAUGGCUACAAAACAUUUUAUAAUGGGUGCUGAGAAUUAAGGGAAGCAGUGACGAGACUAUCCACCUGAAGAUAAAAGACCAAAGACUCUCUGCACUGUAACAGCCACUUAUACUGGACACAGAGCUUUGGCCUUUCUGAUAAAGACCCUACACUGAAUACUAACACUUUUGCCUGUUGCCUUAUUCUGUGACUGUCAGAGCAGUACAAUUAUUAAUCAGUCAAUGAUUGAGAUGUUAAAGAUGCCUGAGAUUCAUUUGAGAUUUUGCAUCAAUUGCCAAUUAACACAACUUUUGGUGAUAGAUCUUGAGAGUUGAGAACCUGAGAGAUAAUGGGAAAUGUUAUACAUGUUUGCUUUUCAGUGUUAAGAUUAAUUAAAACAAAUGUAUAUAUAUAUAUAUAUAUUUUUUUUUCACAUAAUUUGGGCUGGUUUUACAGCCACAGAUAAAUACUAAU